UCCAAAAACAUCUUGUUGCUCUUUUUCGAUCAGCACACUUUCCCAAAUACAGAUAUGGCUUCCCCCACCGCCCCCAUCGACGUCCUCCUCAUUGGAUUAGGAUCCAUCGGCUCCAUUUACGCUUAUCUUCUCGAAAAGGGAGGUAAAGCUCGAGUCACUGCCGUAGCCCGAUCCAACUACAACCUUUACACUACCACUGGUGUGACGCUCGAGACCGAGCGCUUUGGGACGGUGGAGGGCUGGAAGCCUUAUCGAGUCUUCAAAUCACAAAAGGAAGCCUUGGCGGAUGGCACUCACUACGCAAUCUGUUUGGUCUGCACGAAAUGUCUUCCAGACGUCCUCCCGAAUGUCAAGCUCUUAGCCGAUACUAUUGAGAGCGGCCAAAUUGGUGCUUAUAACCUGAUCCAAAACGGGCUGGGUAUCGAGGAGGAUUUGUAUCAAGGCGUCAAAGACCAAAACAUCCCGGUUCUCUCGAGCUGUGCUUGGAUUGGUAUCAUGACCUCUGCCGACGGCAAAGUCGUCACUUGGAGAGGCAACGAAAUGCUCGUUGCUGGUAACUAUCCUCCCAAACCUCCUAAGGGCCAAGUGCAAGAUCGAGAGUUUUCCCCAAGAGAGAGCGCGGCGCUGGAGCUCUGGGUAGACAUCCUGAAGGCCGGUGAGGGUGUUGUCGACACCACCGAGCACAUUGAUUCCAUCCGCUUCUCCAAGAACGUCUGGAACUGCGCCUGGGCAUCUAUGCAAGGCCUCGUCCGAUCCACUGCCCUUGCUUUUGCUCCUCUCUCUCCCGAGCACUCUGCUGUCAUCAAGUCGUACUUUCGCGAGAUUGUGACAGUUGGGUUCCAAGCGGGUCUGUUAUGGAAGGGGAUGGUGCAGUACCCAACCAAGGAAGUGAGCGAGGGUUUGGACGAUGUUGUCGAGUACUGCUGGGACAAGAUCACUGGUAUGGCCAAAGCUCGCGGCGUCGGCCACAAAUACUCUCUCCUGAUCGACGUCGAGAUGGGCCGUCCAUUCGAGGUCGAAGUCAUCACCGGUGCCGUACUUCGACUCGCUCAGAAGCACAAGGUGGACACUCCCAGGCUGGAGUACACGUAUGUGCUGCUGAAGGUAUUGCAGGGCGAGAUCUUGAGGGAGCAGAGGGAAAAGUUGGAAGAGAAGGCCGUCGGGGCGUAGUUGAGUCAAGGCGAUCUUGCACGUGGCAUAUCAUACCAUUAUCUACAAGCACACAUACUAGACAAUAGACAGGACAUGCAUGCAUGGCAUCGAA